AUGGCUGAUUACGUGCAGUCAAAUAAAUCCCUGCCAAGACAUCGAGUGCAACAGCUCGAUGAACAAUUAGUUCGGAUGAUUGCGAAGGGAUAUCACGCCCUUCGCUUGGUUGAUGAAGUGGAGUUUCGCAAGUUCGUGGAAAUGUUAAACCCGGGCUAUACAUUACCGACCCGGAAAACUCUUUCCGAGAGCCUACUCCCUAAGGUUUAUAACAAAGUCUUAGAAACAGUGAAAAAGCAAAUCGCUAAAGCUGCAGCUGUUUGCAUAACUACAGACGCAUGGACAUCCUGUGUGCACGAUGGCUAUAUUGCGGUCACUGCACAUUUUAUUGACACAGAAACGCACAAAGUAUGCACAGUUAUGAUUGGGUGCUUAGAGUUUGAGGAGAGACACACCAGUGCAAACCUAAAAGGCUUUUUGGAGGCGAAGUUCCAGGAGUGGAACAUAUCACAAUUCGUCAAUGUAAUAGUCAGUGACAAUGCGGCGAAUAUUUUAAGUGCUGUGCGGCUAGGAGGCUGGCGAUCUUUGCCUUGCUACGCACAUACCUUAAAUUUAGUGGUGCAAGGUAGCUUGGACGCCUUGUGUGAUACGAUGCAAAGGGUAAAAGCGGUUAUCGAAUAUUUUCAUCGCAGCCAUCCAGCGAAGAAGAAAUUGGUGGAAAUUCAGGAGCAAAUGCAUAUUUCCCCAUUGAAACUGAAGCAAGACGUGACUACGCGCUGGAACUCUACAUAUGAUGCGCUAAACCGGUUGCUGAGGAUGAAAGAAGCCCUAAUUGCCACUUUAGCAAUUAUGAGGCCAGACAUCAACCUGCCGCAAGAUGAUUGGAUCGUUAUCGAAAAAGCCACUGAGGUAUUAAAACCCUUUUAUGAGGUCACUACUGAAAUUAGUGGCGAACAAUACGUAUCGGCGUCAAAGUACAUUGUACUCUGUAAAAUAAUAAAUCGGUCCCUCAGCAAAUAUUCUCCGGAUGGUCAUCCCAAGUUGGAGCGCCUACAUAACGCACUCAAACAACAAAUGGCGCAAAGAUUCGGAGAUGUAGAAAAUAAACCACUUCUUUGCGAGGCGACCAUAUUGGAUCCGAGAUUCAAGAAAAGUGGCUUUAGUGAUUUAAGAAAUUUUGAGAAAGCAGUGGCUGCUCUAAAAUUAAGAAUUGGCUCGGACAGAACCCUGACCCACGUACCCGUUCAGGAGGAGGCAACGCAAGUGCCAGCUCCUCAGCCGCCGAAAACUGGCUCUAUUUGGGACGAUUUCGACGAGGAAAUUUCUGCUCUCGUUCCACAAAACCCAACCGCUGCUGGCAUUGUCGAAUUCGAUAAAUACUUAGACGAACCUUUGAUAAAAAGGUCAGAAAAUCCUUUGCUCUGGUGA